AUGGCCUUAUCAAAAGCUGUUAUCAAAGAUACUGACAUGGAAUUGAGUAUGCAAGAAGAAGCUGUCAAUGUAGGCGCAACUGGCAUGGAAAGACAUCAAGUCGAUAAAGAUGUUGCAUCUCAUUUGAAACAAUAUUUUAAUUUAAAAUAUGGUCGUACAUGGCAUUGUAUUGUUGGCAAACAGUUCGGGAGUGAUAUUUCACAUGAAGAACACUGCUUUAUAUACUUUUUCUUGGGUGAUAGAUCGUUUCUUCUUUUCAAAUCUGGUUAA